AUGACAAGACCGAAGCGUGAACGGGAGGAAGGCAGGGGCUCCGCCGCUGGCGAAUACCCUCGCGCAAAGAGACCUCGCCGCGACUCGCUGGAGGAGGCAGAAGAUGACUUCGCUCGCGCCCAGGCCAGCCUGGAUAGGAAGCGACGCCAGAGACAGCAGCCCACUCAGCACCAGACAUCGACGAUGUCAGAGGCGCAUGACUUUGCGAACGUUUCUGCGGAUAGACUGCACAGGUUCCAACCAUACAACGAGAGACGCCACGACCCGUCGUCGCGGCCCUCUUCAGAGGAUCGCGACCGCGAGAUCAAGCCUGGACCAGGAUCUAGACCCCAGAACCCAAACAGAGGGGUCUACCACGAUUUCGCCCGGGAAGGACGUGACCGCCCUGCCCCUUCCCGUUUUGACUCGCCACCCCAGACACAAGGCAGUGAUAGAGACCAGCGGCCAUCAUACCACUCACUGACAAGAGGUGGUGGCCAUGGCAGGGGUCAAUCACUUCAACGCGAGCCCGAUGUUACCUCAGAUCGAGGUCAAUCGCACCACCCACGGCGGUUCACUGGCACGUCCUUCCAGCCCCCUCAACAGAUUUGCAACAAGCCGCCUUUCCACGAAAAGGUCAAGCUCAACACGGAGGACGCAGAGAAGCUCGUUACCCAUGGCGGACAGUCAAUCGACCCUCAUGUUGAGCUCAGGUGUGGGAACUGCGGCCACAGAGGCCAUCGUCUGAUCGACUGCAUCUGGCCAGACCUCUCGGGCCAGAUCAGUGGCUGCCCAUUGUGCAACACGAAGUUGCAUCAUUUGGAUGAAUGUGCUCGAGUAUCGCAGCUCUCCAAGGCCCAGUUAUACAAUCUCCUCAUCCAUAGGAGAGGCAACAGGCCAGCUAUCGCCUCGAGGACCCCUUGGGUUGAUCUCGUCAUGGAGGCCGCGACUGCUUCCAUCGGGAUCAAGGACCCACAAGGGGGACCGUUUCCUUGGACCGAGGACUUUGCCAAGAGCCAGGGGCACACCUGGUGCAAGUACGAGAACCGCUCGGGUCCCUUGUGGGAGUUCUACGACUACAGGGCGGGAAAGGAGGGAAGGAUGCCUCUGCCGACCGACCCCAAGACGAAGAAUUUGGAAAAGGUCUUGAGCAGCGUGGAGGGAUUGCGCAUAACUGAGGUGCACCUUGGGUUGGGGCAGAAUGCGCUCACUCUUUAG